AUGGCCGACGACCGUCAUCGUCGAGAGUAUCCUCAGCAUAUCCGUCCAGAGGAUCAUUCGCAAUCUUCUCCUCACUCUCGCUCCUCCAUCGAAGAAGCUCGACUCGGAGCCGAACCACGAGGCAUCAUGGCAGCCUCAGUUACCUUGCCCUCCAUUCAAGACCCCCAUGGAGGGAGCUAUCCUGGACAGCCUCCGCCUAGCCGUGGCUACCCCCCCGAUGCACGAUAUGCCUCGCCCAAUGGCGGAAAUGGGUAUCCUCCUCCUGGACAAUCCGGUCACCCGCCAGGUUUUCUGCCUCCUCUGCAACCUGGAUCUGAUCACCGCGCCCAAGCGUAUCCGCCAGAGCAUCGCAGCAGCUACUAUGAUGACAGACGCCACCCUCAGUACAGUGACUAUCCUUCCGAUUACUAUUACCGCCAGCAAGGCCCACCUCCGAACGGCUACCCUCGUGAUUAUCGCGGCCCUCCGCCUGGCUCGUACCCUCCGGACUUUGGCCAAGGGGGUGGCCCCCAGAUGGCGCAAGCAGCACCGCGACAGCGAACGUCUAUCGCUUGCAGAUACUGUCGAAAGCGCAAGAUUCGCUGCAGUGGCUACCAGAGCGCCCCCGGAGGCAAGUGCCAGAAUUGCGCCAGGAUGAACCAGGAAUGCAUUUUCCAACCUGUUUCUUCUUCGAGCUCUACAGCAUUUGUCCCGCUCUCUGCAGUGCAAGGUGGUGUUCCUCCUGGAACACAGCUUUUUGGCGCAUAUGGCCAGCCUCUGGCUCCCAACUCGGUUCCGGGCGGGCACCAUUAUCCUCCUCAUCAUGGAGGGCCACCCCCACCUGGAGGAGCGUACUAUGGUCAGCCUGGACAAUCACCGACCGAACCCUACGCGCCGUACGGUGGAGAUCCCCGCGAGGAUCCGGCCGUGGCUGCCGGAAAGCGAUCGAGAGAUGCGAUGGAUCGCGAUGAAGAAUGGCGAAGACAGGCGCCUCGAGGCGCCCACGAGGAUGACCCGCGCAGGCGAUCCCCCGCUGAAUUUUCCAGCAAGAGCAGCCCUGGCGGCGGCAGCUACCCUUAUUCCGCUGUUCGGCACAGCCCACAUGCUGCCGCUGCAUCUGCUGCUCGUUCGCCUGGUGGACAGAACGGUUCCAGUGGCGCGUCGACCCCCGUUCGCCAGCCUGGCGUGCCUGCCACACAGGGCCAGCAAGCACCUACAUCCAAGAUGAGCUUAAGCAACCUGCUGGACAAGAACGACAUUGACAAGGGCAUGAUUGAUCGCCUAAACCGCCCAAGGGACGGGGCUGGUCCCCCACCCCGCGAUUAA